UUAUGGAAAGAUGUAGCCAAGUGGCACCCGCGAGACGAAGACCGUUCGGUUAGUAGUGGUACUGCCAUCCUGAUGCAAUUUUUUCUCCUCAAAUCCUGGUGUUUGGUGCAGUGCUAUUUAUUUCCUUACUUCCAUGAUUGAUGCUUUUGUAGGAAUAAAUUUGAGAAAAUUAAUAAAGUACCAAGUUGGCAGGAUGGACCAGAUGAUUUUCAUCCGUCUGGUUCGAAUUUGUGAAGGAUAAUUGUUUCGUCGCUUUGUGAUCGGCCAACGCAAGAAUGUUCUUCAUCUGAGUGCAAUUUUCGUUUAGAGAAGUUUAGUGGCCCACGGGAAGCUAUUUUGAAAAUUAUUUUGAGUUUUUUCUAUCGGUCGGGAUUAUCAUUGAAGUUCAAAAUACAUCGCAAAGGUCUUUAGUGCAAAUCUGAAUUUUCAGCUGUAUCGAUUUAUUGUAUGUUUUUUUUCCUUUUACUGUUCGUUAGUUUGACAUCUGUGAGGUGGAUACACAUUCGUGACGGUGCGUUUGUACAGAAGAAAGAAGAUACAGUGUUGAGAGAAGAUGAGAAAAUUACAAUGAGAGUGGCAACUUCAAUGCUCCCCAGCAUCCCCAUCAUCUCCAAGCACUUUGUUCCAUCUUCAUUUUAAUUCUGAUGUUGGUAAGCGUUGGCUGCUCCCCAAUUGAGCUGAACUACGAUGUAAAUGCAACUGUCAAUUUGAGGCUCCACUCACGCAUAACACCAUGGAGAAAGAGAAGAGCGAAGGAAGAGUGGCGAGGAAAAUGAUUCGUGGAGAGAACGCUUUUGAGCUUUUCGCUCCCAGGAAAAGCUUCCGAUAAACUGCAACACGGAACAAUUGAGAGGGCGCCGUCAAAAAGGAAAAGCGUGUAAGAAAAUGCAAAGAGAGCAGAAGAGGUUCAAAGACGAAGCAUAGCGUACGAUGGCAAGCAUGCCUUAAUAUAGGACGUGAUAGUGUGCAACUUAGUCUGGGUUGCUGGCUGUAUUGCGCUUUUGAUGCGUGGAGUUCACUCGAAGGGGUCGCCACCACCACCCCCCAAAACGUACAUCACUCGGAAAACCCAAGCUGUUUGGCAGUGUCAGACCAAACGGAUCGUAUCAGUGUGUGAGUGUCAUAGUGUCCAGGAGUAGCGGCAUGCGAGCAGAGGGAAAUAAUAUAUCAGCGAAGUGAUCACAGACCAAUCUGGUGGUUAGGCCGGGUGACGACGUCAUCCCAGCCAGCAAUAAUAUGGUAAUAAUGUUUGGCUACCACCAGCAGCCAGCCCGCGUGCCGUCAUCAUCGUUUUCGAUCCGUUUGUGAUGAUUCUUCAGGCAAAUAGCGAGCGCAAGUGAAAAAUAAAAGAAAAGUGUAAAAAAAAAAUGUGCAAAUAUUACCCCCACAGGGAUCCCAUGUCUGCAAGAAAACAUCGCCACUUCGAUCGUAGUGCUUCGAUAUACGCUGCCGGUGCCAACGUGCGCGCUGGAAGAUAGGUGGAUGUCGUGACAUUUCCCCCCUCAAGUGGAUUUAUGGCUUCGUGUUUCUCCAGUGGAAAGAAGGCAUACCAUCAAUGGAAACCAUCAGGCGUAAUAUGUGACAAAACCAUAUACUUAAAAGAUUCAUCGGCUGUGGAACACUACUUAAAUGUUUAAUGCAAUGCGAAAAAGACUCCAGCGAUUAUCAUCGAAUUGACGGAUUAGCAGAAAGAACAGUUUAUAGUUUGUACAAGAAAGCGACCCGACGUGUCAUAUAAAUAGCAAAGGAAAAAAAAGUACACCGACCAUCAUGGCAGCUGUGGUGUACGGCAAUAGCCCGCGGCACAGCAGCCGCCACCAUCAUCCGGGCCCGGGACAGAGUCAUCUCGGUGGAGUGUCACCUCACUCGCCCUAUCACCAACACCAGCCGCAGCAGCACCAUUCACUGCCAUCGCACCACCACGUGGCUGCUUCCUCGAUGACGGCAGCAGCGGCCGCCGCGGCGGCCCUGUCUCAGCAGAUCAUCACCCCGCCGACGUCGUAUCUGUCCACGUCGACGACAACGAUAUCGUCUUCGUCGCACCAGCAGACGACCUACUAUCUACAGCAGCAGCAGCAGCACCAGCAGGCAGUGCACUACCACAAUAUGCGCAAUUCGAAACGGAAGUCGGCGGUGGAGCUGCUCGCGGAGAGCAAACCGUUCUACGUCAAAUCGGAAAUGGUGCUGGAUCGGCAGCAGCAGCUCAAUAUGCGGGGCGGAAAUUCCGGACCGGUGUCUGGAUCGUACAUGCUUUCGCCGUCCCGUACGCUCCCACAAUCUAGCUCUCAAAUGCAGCCAACCUCGCAUCAUCCGCAGUCCCAGCAACAGCAGAGACCCGCCAGUCGACGAAGCGCCUCGUCCGGUUCCGACCUGCUGCAAACUAAGCUACGCAAACUACUCAACACCGCCGACAGCAAAGAGACAAUAAUACCCUCGGAUAUGGCCCUCAAUUCUAAAUACGGUCCUCAAACACUGGAAACGACUUACAUCAGCGGAGCAGGCAUGUCCAGCAGUGACUGUCUCGGCUACAUUCAGCCUCCGAAGAACUACCAGCAGCAACUGACCGUUCAUCCCGAACAGCCGAGCGAUGUUUCGGUUUUCUUUCCCAGUGCGUUCCUAUCGCCUCAGUCUCUGCCUCCGCAUCCGGUGGGUGACGAUGAUCUCUACUUGUACAGUGUGCAUGAUAGUCUGGUGCUCACGGAUGACUACCGCGCAAUCAGUCCACCGGCGGAAUACGCCGAAAAUAAUGCUUCGCCUGAGAAGCACAGUAGCAGCCAUAGACCAUAUCGUUCUAGCCGUUACAACUACCAACGAUCGUACUCCCAUUCCCAAGCCGUAGCGCACCAGGACGAAUCCGAUUAUUCGCCAACGCAGUCAUACAACAUCAACAGUCACAAAUCACUCCCGGAUUUACACUCCCAAAUCAGCCGUCACUCCCCACACUCCGAGGCUUUGAGUUGCUGCAGUCGGGGUAAUCGAUCCAAUCGCUCCGGAAGCUCCUUCAAUCGCGAUUCUGGAGGAUCGUCGGGACACUACACUCACCACAGCGAACCCUGUUGCAAACAACAGCAGCAGCAACAACAGCAACAACAACAACAAAAGGAUGCCCUGGUAAUGGGUGGAGGCCCAGACUAUCGCCGUGACAGUGGGUCAUCUACCCAACAUAGCGGUAACUCCUACUACGCUUAUGGAAUUCCCCCGCUGCGGUACGAUUGUAUCGAAUGCCGUGCAAAGAUUCGAGAAGAAGCAGACUGUCUGCUGAACUUCACUACACCUGAAGUCCCGGAAGCUUUCCAAGACAACUACAGCGAAAAGCAGAAACAGAAGUAUUACGACGACCCGAGAGAUCGUGGAUCCGCUGCUCGAAAAUACUACAAAAACCCUGGACCAAUGUCGCCACUGUCCCCAGUAUCGCCGCUAUCACCCCAAGAUCAGCAGCUCGACCUGAGCCCUCCUCUGGGAACCUUCAAGCGACAGAAAUGCCUUCGUUUCAAGAACCGCGGCCGUCAGUCCGCUAUCAGCAAUCCGAACUCUCGUUGCGGAGAUGGUCGAGGAAGCUCUGGCGGAGACGACGACCGUAGACCUAUUCUACGCUCAAAGAGUGACAUAAGUGAUCGUUAUUGGAAUCGCCUUUCGGAAAGAAGCAACCGUGAGCGUGAUCGUGACAGGGAACGAGAACAGCAAAAGCUACUUGAGAAGCAGCGAUCGCGCUCGGAUAGUCUAACGCAGCUGGAGCAUUUCUUUGAUAGAUUGGGUCUGAACGAUGAGACUUAUGAGCGGCACAUCGCUCCCAAGGGCCGUAAACCUCCUAAUUUCAAGUCCAAUUCCGGUAGUGACAUCCAUCGACUAUCGCCGGAGAACACUGGAGAUUCGGAUGAAUCUAGUGCUGUCUUCUUCUCGGAUGUGAGUACGAUCGACUCCACGCGGCUACCGGACAGUACGGAAACGAGCAACGAACAACCGCAGAGCGCUCCUGGACAGCUGGCCGGAGCAGGACCGCUGAAUAGUCUGAACAAUCCUGCCUUGUACCGGCCCAGUGAGCCACCAUCGAUAAUCGAACGGAACGCCCGUAUCAUCAAAUGGCUGUGCAACUGUAAGAAAAUGCAACUAGCCUAAGGGUGGCUAGUGGGGGACCAACUGCUGCCGAUGGAAUAUAAUUACAGAUAUUCUUCAAAACCAGGACGCUUUAGAAUGGUUUGAAAGGCGUACUUUCGGCUGUACGCAAUCAGAGAAGAAAUAGGAAAGAUCAAGCAUCAGUCGAUGUUCGAGUUCCGGCUAAAGUUGUUUUUUAUUUAAACAAUAAGCUGAAGUUUAGCCGAUAUUUCGAAUAAAAAGCAGCGUAGCCCCCCGCUACGACUAGAACGUGGGAUUCAAAUGAAAUAAUUCGGAACUCGUGGAACCAAACUUACGAAGUGAAUUGAUUUAAGUCAAAAGUGAUUAAUAAAAACUAGCGCAUAGGGUGUUUCGCAUAGCCAGUAGUCAGUAGGAAUAUUCAAAUCGAACGUUAAUUCUAAUAACCAAGAACGCAGAAUAACGAAAUGCAUGCAACUGUAGUCCAUAUGACCCCUGUAGUGCUACGACGAAGAAAUAAUAAAGUAAACUACCGAAUCAAAUCAAAACAACCCCGCCCUGUUUUUUCAAAAGCAAAUCAUGUCAAUCAAAUUUUGAAGAACCGAAAUUCACGUUACUAGAAGAACACACACACAAAUUAAUAGAAGAAACCAAAGAAAGCAAGUUUUAACACAGAUCUAGUGGAAAACAGUGAAAGGCGUCUGAAAAGCGAAGACAGGGAGAUUAACAACUAUGAAUCAAACAAUUGAUAUAAACUUUAAGACUACACACAACAGUUGAAUCAAACUUAAAAACAUCCACCGUAGCGAACCCCGAAGUCGAAUAGAAUUCAUUACAAGCGUUUUCACAAUUAACAAGCCAAAAACAUCCUGCUUUUGUGUUGAACGAUUGGCAUUAGAACAAGUGGUAAGUUUGCUAGAUUUUGAAAAGGAAUCGUAUGUUUAACCCUAUUUGGAAUGAUUUAUGAUUUGUGUUUUGGAAUCUUCGUUGAAAACACAAAGGUAGAUUUUUUAUCAAAAGAACAAAUGGAAAAUUAUUGUACAAAUCGAUUGAGCUUCAGUUUGGGAGACGCGUACAAAACACACACAUAAUAUGACAAUGUCAGUUGAACCUUGACGAAACAUUGAAUUGAAAUUAUGAUUCUCGUGUUGAACAAUAAAUGACCUUUCCCGUAAAAUACUUUCUAUGGAUUCUUGAAAACAAUCUGCUCAUGGGAUGCAUAUUUUAUAUCGUCUAUAAUUAGGCCGUUACAAAUAUUUAAUAAAAAAUAUGUCCUACUGGUCUACGAAAGGUUAAGGGGGGAUAAUAAAAAAAUAUUUGAAUUUUAACAAAUACAGUCAAACAUCCAUGAGUCGAUAUUGAUGGGACCAGGGACCACUUAUGGAAAUACCGAGAUGAGGAAUAGCAAAUCUUUGGAAAACUGUUUGAAGGGACCAUCACAGUAACCCAGAAAAUAUUUUUGAAUAUGGCAUAAUUUGCUUCCAUGUGUCGAUAUCGAGUCAUAGAACAUCGACUCAUGGAGGUUUGACUGUACAAAAAACUCAGUUUUGUUAAAAAAUGUUUUAAAAAUCUUCUAAAUUUUUUGGGAAAUAUUAUCACUGUCCUCUCAAAGUAUUAUUUUUGGGCAAAAACAAAUCCGAGGGGAGGAGAGACAUAUUUUAUUUUAUAUUUGCAUCGGCCCUAUUAUUGAAAUCUAGAAAACUUCUUACAAAAAAGCACUAGUGCUGUCCAAUGACUUAGCUCGAAUUAACUUGAAGUUGCUCCGACUUCUUCGAGUUUAUUGUCAAUCCUUAUUCAACAUCCAAUCUUUUUCGACCGACUCGCAGUAGACUGAAUGGACAAACACAACUCGAAGUAGGUUGGAAUGAUGAAUGGACGGCACACCUAACUCGAAAGAGAUUGCAAUCUACUUCAAGCUCUCAUUAGACAGGACUAUUAUCUCCGUCUAUAUAAAAAAAAAAUGUUUCAACACUGUCUCGUAAUUUCGAGCAUAUCUUCUUUUAAAACGUGUGUCAAUUUGCGGAAAUUCAAGUCCCUUCUUGAGUAAAUCAUCUCAGCUGAUGUGUCCUGUGUCCUAUCCUAUGUCUUUGCUCGCAAGGCUACUGGAGACCCCUCCUCCCUCCUCCUUAACAUCUAUCGUAUAUCGCCAGGAUUGAACACGUUCAACGCAGAUUCAUCCGCAUUGCUCUAAAAGAUGUACCGUGGAGACAAUCGCUAAAUCUUCCACGACCACGAGUCGUUCACAUAAUAGUGCUGUCCAAUGAGCAGCUCGAAGUAGCUCCUGAAGAAAGCUAUCAAGCUAUUUUAAUUUAAAAUCGAUCUAGAGUACGACACUUCAAACAACCUUGCAAUUGACAUUUUAACCUCGAAAAUCAACUGCCGAAUCCGGUUAAGGCAGGGUGGGCAGGGUCUGAUCAGCUAGUCUUCUUCUCUAUUAUAUAAAAAUGAGUUUGCAUUUCCUUUGAGGCAAUAAAACUCACGAAUGGAUGGAACGAUUUGCAAGAUUUCCUCCCUAAUCGAUUCGUCUUGGGCUCAGCUGUGUUUGUACAUACUGAGAGUUGAUCAAUUUGACGAGGAAAGUAUUAAAAUCGUCAAAAUGCAACGAUUUCAUGAGUUCUUAAGAAAGCCAUCAAGCUCAAACUGAAAUCGAUCUAGAGUGCGACGCUGUAAUCAACAAAACGAGUGACAGUUUGACCGAGAAAAAACACAACCCGAUCGAGAUCGGGCAGGUUUCUCUACUCUCUAUAUAUAAAAAUGAGUUUCUUUGAGGCAAUAUAACUCCCGAACGGAUGGACCAAUUUCCAAGAUUUACUCACUGAUCGGUUCGUCUUGGGAUCAGCUGUGUUGCUGAUGAAUUUGACGAAAAAAGUAUUAAAAUCGUCAAAAUGCAACGGUUUCAAACAGAAAUCGAUCUAGAGUGCGACGAUGCAAUCAACUAAAUGAUUGACAUGUUCGCCUAGUCUACAUAAAUAAAAAUGACAAACGCAUGAGGAUCACUAGUGCUGUCCAAUGAGCAGCUCGACAGGACAGCACUACUAUUUGCGGCCAGUAAUUAUCUAAGAAGUGGAAGGCAAAAAAUAAGUUGAUAUAGUACACAAUUGGUGAUUUAUCGAUACUCUCAUAAGUACUAGGGAGUUGGAUAUUGGGGAAGACAUUCGUUGGAUCAGGAUUUGCCUGAUGCAAUCAUUCAAUGAGCCCCUUGUAUAUGUAAGUCGGUCUCUGCGGCUCUGCAUGAGUUCAUUUUUUGUAGAUUUGAAACAGCGGAAUGAGAUCAAAUGCUUAAAAAAAUACAUGAAAUUUUCCUACGCGAGAAUCAUAUUUCAAUCGAAAAAAACGACUUAAUUCGUCUCUCAUUUUCCUAAGACAAUUACUUCCAAUAAGGCAUUCAUAAUUCUGUAUACAUCAUCUAAAACAAAUUCUAGUGAGUUUAAAAAGUUUGAUAUUGAUUUUAACUUUGAAAUUUAAAAUGGAAAUCUUGUAAUCAGAACUAUAAUCAAAACAGUUCAACAAAAUAUAAGACCCAGAUCAGUUGAACUAGGUGGUCUCACUAUAGUGCACAUUUUCAUUGUUCAAAGUCAAAGAUAAAAUCAACAUCCUUUUGAAAACUGUUCCAAGAAUUAUAAUAUGCUUGUAUUACUAUUGACAACACUUUAAUGUUUUUAGGUAAAUUAGAAAAUCACUAACGAAGAAAAUCAAGCAAAAUAAACGCGUAACGUUUACAGAGUUUUCAUACAUGAGAAUGAUAAAAACACACAAUUUAAAAAUACUAUUUUCUAGUCUAAUAUAUUGAAUAAUGAAUCAAAUACUUAUGCAAGUAUAUAACUACUAUAUGAAAAAGAAAUCAAUCGAAUUAAUCUUACUUAGCUAUACAUAUAUUAGCGGAUCGUGACGAAACAGGAACAGAAAUCUAAACGUAGUGCUGUUGAAAUUGAUGAAAAAAAUGAACGUUCAAUAAAAUAUUUCUAAAAAAUCUUCAAACAAUUAUUAGCACUUUGCAUUUGCAAUAGAACGGAAUGGCAUUUUAAGUUCCCAACAGUCCACACAAACACAAGCAUGCGUAAUGCAAACAAUAUACUGCAAUGCACUACACUUAUUAUAUCGGCCGCAUAAGUAAAUAUAUUACACACUAAACUCAAACCAACUAAUCAAACAAAAAAUAGAAGAAGCAAAGAGAAAUCAAAGCAGCACAGAGCAGAACGUCAAAAUCAAACUAAUCAAAACCAAAAAAACAAACGACGAAGCUGAACAUGGAAACUGAUUGCAAUAGAUGACCAUCUCGCCCAUUGAUAGCCCUUACAGCAACGUUCCCUGGUGGGCGAACAUUGAACUAACUUCAAAGCAAAUAAAGUAUGAAUAAAACCCCACAUGGUAGCACACACACAAACAAGCAUAGACAUAUUCUCGAAAAGAACAAAAUUCCGAAUACAACACUAAUUUAAUCGAAAACAGAACACAAUCCGACGACUUACAUAAAAACUACGCCACAGUCGUUAUCGUCCCGCUUACUACACCCAAAUACAAUACAGGAUACAGCAAAAAGGAAGAAAAAACUAGAACCUUAAACGAUGGAUUGUAAUGACCCGCGUAAAAUACACAUACCACGUUCCAGUAUCAAGUAUGAAGGUUAUAUAUGAAAACAAAAAUCAAUAAAAAUGAAAAAGUAUAAUAAUGAAA